CUUAAAUCAUGUAGACGCCCGCCCACUUCUUCAUCAUGUGACUGUUACGUCACCACCUCCCAAAAGCCGUGGGAUUUUACUUUGACAAAGAAAAUGGCUGCCGUGGGAGAUCCGGUUUCCUUACAGAGAGAUAUCCUCAGGGCCAUCGAGUUGCUAGAAAAGCUGCAGAGAAGCGGAGAGGUGCCCCCACACAAGCUGCACGCGCUACAGAGAGUCCUACAGAGUGAUUUCUGCAACGCCAUCAGGGAGGUUUAUGAACAUGUGUAUGAAACUGUGGAUAUCAGCAGCAGCCCAGAAGUGAGAGCAAAUGCCACGGCAAAGGCUACUGUGGCUGCAUUUGCUGCAAGCGAAGGCCAUUCCCACCCCCGAGUGGUGGAGCUCCCCAAAACAGAAGAGGGUCUGGGAUUCAACAUAAUGGGGGGGAAAGAGCAGAACUCUCCCAUCUACAUCUCUCGUAUUAUUCCUGGUGGGAUUGCAGAUCGUCAUGGAGGACUCAAGCGUGGAGACCAGCUGCUCUCUGUUAAUGGCGUGAGCGUGGAGGGUGAGCACCACGAGAAAGCAGUGGAACUCCUGAAAGCUGCUCAAGGGAAGGUGAAGCUGGUGGUCCGAUACACCCCAAGGGUCCUGGAAGAAAUGGAGUCCCGAUUUGAAAAAAUGCGAUCGGCCAAGCGCCGGCAGCAGAAUUAGGCGAAUGCGUUGGCAAGACACAAACUCUGAAUUCCACUAUCCAGUAAAUUUGUAUUGACCUGAGAAUCCCGAGGGGCUGCUCCUUCCAGGCCCACCCUGCACAGGUCUCAAUAUCCUAACGGGUCCUUCUAAUGUAACGUUUACAGGGCAGUUUUUACUUACCCUCCUUUUUUUAAAACCUCAAGGGAAUUUUAAAACCUUUUUAAUACAGUGGCGUAGUCGUAGGUUUGUAACAGUAAUCUUUGUACCAUUGCGAUUCUCCAUUAUCCUGUGCUUCUCUGUAUUGUGCAAAAGGGUCGCCCUCUCGGUCGGGAAACGGUCUGUCUGUAAGUGGACACAGGUUUGUAGCUGGGCCGGUUAUAUACAGUGUCUCACCUUUGUGAUGUAAAGUGCAAUGUUCUCAUCGUUAUAGGAAAUGUCACGGUCCUGCGUAAUGUGAAUCGGAGCAAUGGCAACAUGAAUUAUGUCCUUUUAGAAUCAUAGUCUGUAUUAUGGGAAAAGUUGGGCAGCCUAAAAACACACACACACAAAGUAUUUACUGCUUUGACAGCAGAUCCUGUUGAUGCCACUGGAUGGCAGUAAAACAACAAAAUACACUACAAUGUCUUAGAUACACGGGUCUGAGUUAGCAUGGAAGAUGAUUUAUUUCAAACUGCAUUCCCCUUCCUUUCCUCAAGAGUGCAGCAGAUUUAAGGCGAGAAAAGGACUUUUUUGAGGUGUUUGAUUGUCUUACGAAAAUGUUUUGUCCAUAAGAUCAUGAAACUAUCCCUAUAGUGGCUUUUAAAUAGCAAAUAUAUUGUAUUUAUGGUGUGUUUGUAUUGCAUAUAAUUGCCCUUUUUCCGCUUAUUUGCGUAUAUCCAGAAUGCAGGAGGUGCCAUAUUGUUUGCUCAUCAGCAAAACAAUUGGCAGCUUAUUUCCCCUACACUUUGGCUUAGCACAUUUUAUUGCCUCCUACCCCAGCAUCCUCCAGUUACAAUGCACUGUGCAGGCUGAGGAAUGGGCAAACUAAAAUCACAUUGAAGAAUACUGGGAAGAGAAAGGCAAAGCAGCUAUUUCUCGGCUUAGAUUUAUACACAGGCCAAGAAACAUCCCCAUGUGGCCAUAGCCUAAGGGCAAUGACACAUUAGGAGAUUAGUCACCCCGUAAUUAAUUUCCUCAAACUUGGGCAACUAAUCUCAUCCAAAUUCUUUUCCAGCGGCCAACAUGCAAAUCACAUGUGCCACAAAGUUCCCUGAAGUUUCAGAGCUGCUUUAGAAAAUAGUUGCCUGUUAAAGCUCCAAAGGAGGAUUUUAGCUGUCCACACUAGAGGAGAUCCGUUGACUAAUCUCCUCGUGUCUUCACCCUAAGAUGUUGCUAAGGUAAAGGAGACCACCUUCAUGCCAUUGAAUGCUGGGAGUUGUAGUCCAACUGGAAGCAACUGGAAGGAUACAGAGUGAUCUGAUGGUACUGAAAGUUGUGUUAUAAAGAGAGCUUUGGUGUAGUCAUCAAUUUUAGACGUCCCCUAAUCUUUACGGUAUUUGAUCCCCAUUUGGGAUUAUUUGGGGUCAACAUAAUGUAUCAUAAUAGGGCCUAGGGAGACCAACCUGGUGAGGACUAUACCAACACAAAUCAAUGAUCACAAUGGGCAGUUCAUAGCAUAAUAAUGAUCAUGUACAAUAUUAGCCUGGCCUUCAUAGCAGAGGAAAGCCGGGAUCUGCAUCUUUUUUGGAUGUUUUUUGAACUAAAACUUCCUGAUUCCCUACUAACCAUGCUGAUGGUUAGGGGAUACUGGGAAUCAUGUACAGUUUGCAGUAUUCAGAACAAGAAAAUCCACGGCUGUAUCAUGUCCGUUUUAUCAACCAAUCGUUUGUUUUAUUGCUGUUGCAAAGUAAAUACAUACUCGGAAGAAGAGAGUGGCCAGACACAAGUCAUUAUUUUGGAGACUUAUGUAGUUACCUCCGCAGUGCAUGUUAAUAAGCUUCAUUGUUAUUGUCCAAUCAUCUGUACCCACACGUGUUGCAAUGCACGACUGAGCAUACUGUAUGUCCCUGUGACUGCUAGUCUUAUGUAUUCCAAUCCCCUUUUCUUUCUGCCACCCAAAAUCAUCUGUCAGUUCCAGCUGGAACAGGUUAAGUGCUUGUGUUCAAGCCAACAUAUUUUUAAGACCCGUAGAAGCCUGCAUUCUUUUUAUGUAUAUGUAGAUUGUUUGCAAUAUGUUGUAGAACUCUCUGUAUGCGAUUGAAACUUAUUGGCAUCAAAAUAAAAGAUUAUGGGGGGGAGUUAUAAUUAUCAAACAAAA